AUGCUAACCUGGACAUUAGAAGAAAUUCAAAUAAGCCGACAAGUAUGCUUUACUCAUCUUGAAGAGGAAAAGGUGAAAGAACUUUAUCAUAUUUGGGGUGGUAUCCCAUGUUACGUUUUAGAAUCGGCACAAAAUGAACAAAAGCAGAGUGAAUUGAACAAGGCAAUACUAACUUGUGACCCAAAUAUUUUCAGAUAUGUAGGCGAGGUUUAUUCAAUAGAAGAUAAUUUAGUGUAUAUAUACACAAAUGUUCCCGCAUUGCUAGAAGAAAUUGAGCAAGAAAAGUAUACAGAAGAUGAUAAAAGCAAAGAAGUCAAAAGAGAGAUGUGA